UGUUGAUGUUUUGUGGCAGUAAGUGGGAAGCUGGGAUACUUCUGGUCAGAGACCAAGCAUGGUAGUAUAGAUAUAUCCAGUGAUUCAUCCUAGGUCAGAUUAAAUAUCCUCUCUCUGUCUGAGGCCUGCGAUCACUCCCCAUCAGUCUUGUGUGAGGCAGUCUGAUCAGCCACAUAAUUAAGUGGGGGAGGAGUAAAUGACCCGGUCUCUGAGGACAAAAUUUAAAUCGAGCCAUCCAUCAGCUGGGAGACAGCUGAGCUGAUUGUGUCUGCAAAUGUUAAGGAGAAUCAUCCCUGUCCACCAACCACUGAAGAAUUAGGUGUACCACCUUAAUUGUUUGUUCACCUUCUUGUAGAAAAUUGGAGAAUCUUUGAUUUAUAAUCGCUGCAGAUUACAGCAUUUCUUUCUAGUGUGUUCGAAUUUUAGAUGUGAUUUGUCAAUGUCUGGGAUUAGGGGAGAAUUUGACUGGAUACUGGUGUUCUAAUAAUGGAAGCAGCAUCUGAUCUUUAGAUCUUGUUAAAUUCUCUCAGGAGUAACUCUGCUCUGAAAUUUUGUGAUUUGUCAGCCUAGUCUUGACUUUAAUCCUCAAUAGGAUUCUAUAAAAUUGUGGAAUAAAACUUUGUUACUGAUUGAUUUUAAGAAUUGACCUUGAAUGGUUGAAAAAUAUUUACAGAUCAGAAACUUGCUAAUCAAUGAACAUGACAGGUUAAGUCUGUGAAGAUGCUAAUAAAGGGACAAUUUUAACAUGCACAAGGCGUCUUUGUAGAGAUAGAUUUCUGAAUUAAUUAAUCUAUAAUGCAAUGCAGUGCAGGUUGGCCUCAGUGCUUAGUAAUACAAUCUAAGGAGUUCUGUGAACUUUGAUGAUACAAACAUCGGACAGUUGUCUGGAAUAAAACUUAAUUAAGUGGACAUCCAAGACAGGACAGAAUGGGGAACUUCUGGAGAUAGCUCUAGGGCCCUGGGGGACGCUGAAAGUCGAUACAGUCAAGUAUAGAGAGAUUGGACUGUAGCCGCCAAGACUGUGCUUGUGAAGCGUUUUGUUAAAUUGAUACCCUGAGCUGGAGAAUGGAGGCGAGAGACUCUGGGAAUUAAGCCAUUAGGAGAGUUAUUUUUUGAGAAGUUUGGUAUUGAGUACAUUGAGUGAUCGUAAUGCCGCGUAAAGGGAAGUACGAGAUUGAGGCGUAUAAGUACCAGUACUGGAACUGCCUGUGUUGUUGGAAAGUCCAGCAGGAAAAAUGUGACACAGCCCUGAGUCUAAAAAGCUACAAAAAGCAGAAUAAUAUGGAUGGGAGCCUGUAUUGUGACAAUCAUAUUCCAGCCAUGCCUAAACCACCCCUGGCUUCAGGAAAACCUAGGAUCCCCUCCUCUCCAGAUGAUCAGGAGCUGGACACCUUUGAGAUGCUGAUUAAUUAUCAGGAGAGGAGUCGAAUGGACGACCAGAGAUGUGAUAUCAGCUCCUUCAUACCAAAGGGCGCUUCUGCCGAGUUUUAUGAAUAUGUCCUGAAUUUCCAAAGUCGGGGACGACUGGAAGACCAGCGGUGUGCAAUGCCUGAAAACCCUAAGGCUCCUUUAACUCCCACUCAAAUAGAGCAACGAAAAACCAUGGAACAAAUGGAGCAGAUUCUUCGGGACCCUGCACCGUACCCCAUGGUUUACCUCCCCUCCAAUGUGGGGUAUUUUUCAACAAUUUGUGAAAAUUAUGCCACAGCAUACAGGAAGUACUUCAUGGGUCAGGAACACUUUGAUUACUAUGGACAGGAUCCAAUCCUGGGGCCUCUUGUCCUGUCACUCAAGGAGGAGAUCACAGAAAAAGAGGAGGAGACAAUACGCUGUGUAUUUAGAACAAAGUCUAGCUCCCAGCACAAAGUCAUUCCCUAUGAACAGCUGGACAACAUUCCAAAUCCUGUCAAAGUCGCCAAGUGUUUUUGUGAGGAGAUAACGUGUGAGAAGUUUGACCCUGUGUUAACGACUAAAGGCUCCAGCUUAAUCGUCCAGUUUGAUGAACACAACCUCACAAACCUGUACAAAUUUGGAAUCAUCUGCCAGAAAUUUAGACAGACAAAGGAGGAGCAGUUGUUCAGUAACCGAGAUCACAGUGAAAGUAUGGAGGAGUUCCUAAGUCUGAUAGGGGACAGGGUGCCACUCAAGGCCUUCCAGGGGUACAGAGGGGGACUAGACACAGUUCAUGGUCAGACAGGGGAGGACUCAGUGUAUACCAACUAUCAGGGGAGAGAAAUCAUGUUCCACGUGUCCACACUCCUCCCCUACACAGAUGGAGAUCCACAACAGCUACAGAGAAAGCGACACAUAGGGAAUGAUAUUGUAGCCAUAGUUUUCCAGGAAGAAAAUACUCCAUUUGUGCCAAACAUGAUUGCCUCCCAUUUCUUACAUGCUUUCAUCGUAGUUCAGCCAUUUACUGAAGAUGGAGUAACCAGAUACAAGGUUGCCGUGGCAGCUCGCAGUGAUGUACCUAAGUUUGGUCCACCAUUACCCAAUCCAGCAAUAUUUGAGAAGGGGCCAGAGUUUCGAGAUUUUAUUCUCACUAAACUCAUCAAUGCGGAGACAGCUUGUUACAAGGCAGAACAGUUUGCAAAGCUUGAGGAGAGGACACGCACAGCUCUUCUGGAGGUUUUACUACAGGACCUGUCACGGAAAACUAACGAACUGUUUGGGACCAGCUCCCCUAGCGCUAAUUCUGCCAAAGAGAACCGUAACUUUAUGGACAACAUUAAGAGGGCGCUCAGUAAGAAGGAGUCGCGGUCCUCAGAGUCCAGCGGGAGGAAGUCUAAUGGGUCGUCAUCACUGGCCCCCGUAGGGGAGGAUUUAUCUAGUCCAAAGAAAUCGCCGAGCUCCAUUAAGAAGAGUGGUCGCCACAGUCUGGAGAGAAGAUUUGCUGAGAAGAAUCAAUUUCAGCGUUUUGACAGUCACAGUACCCAGUCGUCGUACAAAACGUGUAGCGUUCCCAACAGUCCACAGUCCAGUCCUAGUUCUACAGCGUCCGCGUCAAGGAUAACAGGCUUCCAGCAGUUAUCUCCCUCUAACUCUGAGAGCUCGUUUAACAGUAUAGAGGAUUUCUCUAAUGGUCAGAGUGGUCAUCAGAACCAUGAGGACUCAGACACCGGCAUGGAGAGUAUGUCCUCAGCAGGGACCCCCUGUAAUACUCAUAUGAAGACCUCGGUGUCUAACAGUCUCAGUGAAGAUAGUUGUGGUUGUGUAUUCAUACCUCUGGAAGGCGAAGGUUACGAGAACUUGAACAGACAUACAGAACACCUCACUGCUGAAAUUCAGAAACUCAAAAAGGAAAAGAAGGCGAGUCAGAGGGAGAUCCAGAGCCUUAAGGACCGUGAGUCUCAGAUGAUGAUCGAGCUACGCACCGCUCAACAGGAACUCCAUAAACUCAGGCUCAAUGUGAUUGCAGGCGUCAGUCACUUCGAGGCCACUGUGUGAUCCACUCCACUGUUGUACUCUAGAAAUCAUGUGACGCUUCACAGGUCAGGGAUGUUAACGAUAACUGGCCUGUCUGCAGGACAUCAGAGGACACUAUACGCACAGUGAGGUUAAAAUGUUGUCUGUGCUAGAUACUUGACCAAGGACUGUGUUCUCACAGACAGUUAUGGUCAGGUGAGGGGAUGUGAUCGUAUCCCAGUUUAUAGCUACACAGAUAUUUCCUCCAGAUUGUGUGGGUGAACCCUGUCCCAGUCCAGAUACAUGACACAAACUGAUAUUUAGGGCUUCUUCAUUACAACUUCAUUGAAUGGUGUCAUCUCUCCAGAACGUGAGAUAAUGAGAUGUGAUUGACUGAGAUAACUCCAUCACUUAAUCAUCUGAAACACUACCAUGAGAUUGAGAUGUUGUGUACUUCUAGUCAAAUACCUGAGGAUUAUUUUGUUAAAUGCUCUAAUCAUGUUAUACCAGCACUGACUUGAGUUGGUCAAAUUGUUGAUGCUUUGUUCUGUUGAUAUCUGACAAUCAAAAUAGUUAUGAUGUCAUCUUCUGCUUUCUCCCUGUUAGAGACUGCCAGCUAGGCGGAGAGAAUGGUUGUUUACUAUAUACAUAGAAAUCGGUUUCUUAUGUUAAUACAAAUAUAUUUUAUGUGUUCAAUUAUCCCAGAAAAAUUAGAUUGUACAGUUCCAUCAUUUCUUAAUUUACAAAAUGUUAGUUUUUUUUAUCCCGUUUUUGAAAGUCCCAAUGUUAAAAUAAAAAACAGAAACUGAAAGUAGAGAAACUCUUUAAUAAAACUAAACUUUAUUGUAGAGUUUUCAAAUUUUUAAAGUGUUGAGUAUAAUAUUAAAUCAAAGGAUGCUUCCUAAUUAAAUAUUGAAUAAGAACUACUUUGAACAAGUUAAAUGUAUAUAUCCUAUGUAAAAGUAGGAUCAUUUUUUUUAAAAAUGUGAUGUGUGUGCUUUUGUGAGAACCAGUGCUUCUUGUGAACCAGCUGUAUGUGUGAACCAGCGGUAUUUUUGAACAAGAAAGUGUGAACAAGAUGUGUGUGUGUGAGCCUGGCCUGUGAUAUGAGAAUUUUAUAAGUGAGUUAUUUGAAUGUGAGUUGUUGAUGCAUGAGUUGUUUUCUUAUUAAGAAUAUCUGGUGCUACUUGCUCUGUUAAGUUUGUGCAAUAUUUUGUAAAUAAGAUUCUAUAUUUAAGGACAAACAUGUGUUCAAUGAUCAGAUUCCACAUUACCAAGCUCUGGUAAAUAAAUUACAUGUCAACUCUU